AUGAACCAACGCGAGUAUGAAGGCGAUAAACAACCGUACAGCUGUAUGCGGUGCAGGAAACAUCAUCGAAAGUGUGAUAGGAAUCCUAAGGGAUGUUCUAAUUGUGGAAAUUCUGGAGUAAAGUGUAUUUAUGCCGAUCAACUUCAAAACUCACAACAUCAAGAAAAGAAGGAUGAACAAUCACAACAGCAGAAUACUCAGCAACAACAACAAACAAUGACACCACAGACUUUGGUAGAUGUCUACUUUUCGAUACUUUGUGGAACACAUCCUUUAAUUGAGAAGGAAAAGUUUAAAUAUUUUGUAAAUAAUUGCUUGAACCAGUAUAAUGAUAUCAAAGCUAACGAAUGGAUUUCUUCGGUUGGUGAACUGAGAUGUAUUCACUGUUUCUACAUGUCUAACAUGUCUUUGGCGCUACAGUUAACUUCAGAUAUUAAUCACACAAAAACUAUUGGAAUAACAGAGGCUCUUAUUUCAUCAUUGGAAAAGGAACAAUCUCACGAGUUUUAUUGGGUUGCUUCUUGUUUUACAUUGGUCAUGUACUUUAUUGGAGAGGGAGACUUUACAAAGGUCAAUCACUACAACUCUAAAGUUUUUGAAUAUUUGAAAGGAGGUUAUCAACACAAAUUCACUUUUCACUUGUUGAGAUAUCAAUCAUUUGUUAAUUCUGGAUUUGUUCAUCAUAUUACAACCAUGCAAAGUUUAAUCAAGGAUAUGUGUGAACAAUUCUUUUAUAGUACUGGGAAAAGGCUUGAGGAUUGUGUACUUCCAGGUACUAUUGAACACAUGAGAAGUAAUUCAAUAACAAUGGAAAAUAACCAAAUGUACAGACAGGUCCAUAACUUUGUCUCUGAUACUGUUGUAAAUCUUGAAGGUGAAAUGGUUAAACAAUUAAUAGAUUGCCAUUCAACUACAUUUUUCAAACAUCAAAGAAUAGUAACAUCAAUGAUACGGUUAGGAUGUUCUCUCAUGUUAUUCAAACAGUCAGAUUACUUCCUCAAUGAUACAUCAAUUGAGGAAACAGCCCUAAUGAUAACAUUACUAACUGAAGAUGAACUCUUCCCUUUCUGCAUGUGCUAUACAAUAUCUCCUAUUGUUGAGACAUGUAUCUAUCACAAACAGUUGGUUGAAAAUUGUAUUGAACGCGGUACCAAACCAAUGACCUCAACAAUCAUGACCUCCUCUGGAAAUACUGUGACUGUCGACUAUUUAUCAAUCCUUAAGAAGGAUUUGAAAGCACUGAUAUCACUUGCCAAGAGAUUUAAACGAGUAACACUCCUCUACCAAAACCUUAUUGAAGAAAUGACUCAAACCAUUAUGAGAAAUACUUCACGAAGUGCAAGUAGUGAUACCCGUUCUACCACCAGCUCAACCACAAACCGAACACAAAUCGAGGCCUUUGCUGAUGACACUAUGAGAGAAGUAUCGUCAUUCAACGAUUCUGCUGUCAAGAUGGCUGAAUCAGUUGACAAUUUCUUUUCUUUUCUGUUUUAAUUAUUAAACUAUUAAUAAAUAGUUUAAUUUC